GUGACCCACUGGGGACCGGCUGUGCGCGCGCUUAGACGCUCCUGCGCCGUUCCGUUUGGGACCCUGUGGAGAAGUUAUGAAAUCAAACUUACUUGAUCCUAAACCAGGCCAGGUAACGCAGACAUGUCGGCUCAUGGCCUGCUUAGUACAGUUUUCUCAUGCUCGCUGAGCCCAAAAACUAUUUCCAAGCGGGGGCUGAGGCAGACCAGGAGUUUGGACCCGGCUCUGAUGCGGCAUUAUGGGACCGAACCGGAGGAGAGGGCGCAGAAGGACGCGUUCACGGUACAGGGUGACUUCACUUGGAACAGCGUGUCAGGGCGUAGUGUUGGCCUGAAGCCUGUGCCGUUGCAAAGCCUCUCAGAACUGGAGAGGGUUCGUCUCCAGGAUGUGGCCCUCAGGAGAUUGCUUCAGGAUCAUGACCUCAGCUGCCACAUCACCAUCCCUAAAUAUGACCAUAAGCAUAAAAAGUCACUCAGACAGAAGUUGGAUUCAUUAUCUAAGGAGAAAAGUAAAGACAAAGAGACCAUGCCCCAAGCGUUUGGUAUACCACUGUCACAGGUCAUAUCCAACGACCGAACACACAAGCAGCGGCAUGAUCCCUUGCGGGGCGAGCACAGUGACCCCAGUGAAUUGAUGCUAUCCUUCCUCCACCUCACGUCCAACUUCAAAAGGGCUAACAAAGAGCUUUCCAGCAGCAACUCGUCGCUUAGCUCUACUUCUGAGACCCCUAAUGAGUCACCUCUGCCCAGCACAGCAGACACAGCGCCAAGGACACACAGGAGGGGUGGGGUGUCUGUGGAUUGCAUCACUGACCUUGACGAUAACCAGUCUCGUCUCUUGGAGGCGCUCCAGCUGUCUCUGCCUGUCGAGGCGGCUGAAAAGAGGAAGAAGCGCCAAGACAAAAAGCUGAGCCUCAACCCUAUUUACAGACAGGUGCCGAGGGUUGUUGAUCUCUGCUGCCAAUACCUGGAAAAAUACGGUCUACAGACAGUUGGUAUUUUCCGCGUUGGAAGUUCCAAGAAAAGAGUACGCCAGCUUCGUGAGGAGUUCGACCAGGGAUGGGAGGUACAUUUAGAUGAGGAGCACUGUGUCCAUGACGUUGCCGCAUUGCUUAAAGAAUUCCUCCGAGACAUGCCGGACCCACUGCUGACGAGAGAACUCUACACAGCCUUCAUCAACACAAUAUUGCUGGAUUAUUCAGACCAAGAGAGCGCCAUCCAGCUCCUGAUGUUUCUGCUUCCUCCCUGUAACAGUGACACACUACAGCGCCUCCUUUGCUUGUUGUCCACAGUGGCUAUGCAUGCAGAUGACAGCAUAGACAAGGAGGGACAUGAGAUAACAGGAAAUAAGAUGACGUCACUUAAUUUAGCCACCAUCUUUGGACCGAACCUCCUACACAAGCAAAAAAACUCAGAUAAAGAGUUUGUGGUGGAGAGUUUUGCCCGUGCAGAGGAGAGUUCAGCCAUCAUCAGCGUGGUUCAAAGGAUGAUCAAUACAUAUGAAACACUAUUUAUGGUUCCCGCUGACUUGCAGAAUGAGGUGCUCAUGAGUUUGCUUGAAACCGAUCCUGACGUUGUGGAUUAUUUACUGCGAAGGAAGGCCUCUCAGUACUCAGAUCCAGGUCUGCUUAGACCAGAAGAGUCCUUCUGUCUGACUGAGAGACACUUAUCCAGUGACUCUGUCAAAGCCUCCAGUGGAGAAGUGUCUCCCUAUGACAACAACUCCCCGGUUUUGACCGAUCGGCUGAUGUGUAAAUACCCAGAAGACGACAGCCCAUUCUCAGCCACUGUCACCACACUCUCAGGGCAUUUCAAACCCAAAGGUGCUUCAUCUGGAAAAAGCUCUCCCACACUUUCAGCAGAUAAAGAAGCUCCACCUGAUCAUUUCUGGGAUGUCUGGCAAGAAGUGCUCAGCAAGGAUUUCACUGACGAUCCCAUCACUGGCUCCGUUGGAGACGUGUCGGAAUGUGAGUCGUACGGAUCAUCAGAGGGGCUGAGCAGUCACCAAGGUAACAACAAGCUCCCGACACAAACCUUAUUGGAUGUGCUGAUAUGCAGGCCACACCUCCCAGUGACUCGCAGCAGCAGUGGCCCUCACGACCAGCGAGGGCAGAGACAACCAGAAUCAUUAUUGCAUCAGGGAAUGAGCAACCAAUCAGGAGCCUUCAGUUCAGAAAACCUGGCAGGAAGGACAGGACACCCAGCAGGUCCAUUCUUUAAGGUCAGGACAGAUGGCCGCUCUCCCCUUCAUCACUCUGGACCUCUAAGGGAGACCCAUAUUUCUCACUCCACUCCUUCACUUCUUAAAUAUGCGCCAGAAGGUGUUGACUUUCAAAGCCCACCGUUGUCCCAGCAGUGCUCUGGCUCCCAAACUGUUCCUACUGCAGAUUUACAUGGACCAGGACCAGGACAGCACCCUGGUACACUGGACUGGCAGUCAGAAAGAUGGAAUAUAUGGAAAAUUAUGUCGAAAGAAAACGCAGAUGCACUGCCAGAAACACUGGUGUGACCUGUUGAAACAUACUGAAGCUACCAUAUAGAGACAUCUGUCACUGUGUUUAGAGUAGUGUUAGUAGUAGAUACUGUCAUUGACCCUAGACUUGUGUACUUAUAUUAUAUUAUAUUAUAUUAUUUUUCUGUUUAACCAGUUUUUUUGUAUUCAGAGUUGAAUAUUGUUACUAGACUUUUCUAGAGUUUUACCAGUCUAUAAUUUGAAUACAUGAAUGUUCCCCGAUGCUGAAUGUAAAAACAUUAAUAUUCUUUAUGUUCAUGCUUUUGUACAUCAUCUAUAUUUCCACUUGUGUAAAUAUAUAUGUAUAUAUAUAUUUUUUUUUUUUUCCCCAGAAACUAAAUACUGGAAAAUGCCUUUAAUAAGAGUUACUAUCCACAACUCUGUUUAAUGUAAUCAUUUUCUAGAUUUUAAGCAUAGUGUAAAAUAGCCUGAACCAUCACAUUAGUUCUCUGCUCUCAUUUUCUGCUUGGAUACACCCCUAUUUGUGUGUUUGAUUCACAGGAAUGAUUACUAAACAGUGUUUCAGAGACUGGUUGCAUACAGAAAUAUCAUUUGUAAAUGUGUUGUACUUUGUAAUUUAUUCUGACAUGUUUUCCUAUGUUUUGUCAGGUGUCCACUUAAGUAUAAUUUUUAUAUGUCACACUGUUUUAUGGUUUAUUUGUCAUUUCCUCCAUUAAACUAGUCUCAGCCUUCAA